AUGAAUGAGAAGACUUCAACUGCUAGAACAACAACAGUAUCGACAACUUCUACGAUGAAAACAACAACGCAUCCAACAACUUCUACGAUGAAAACAAAAACGCAUCCAACAACUUCUACGAUGAAAACAACAACGCAUCCGACAACUUCUACGAUGAAAACAACGGCAUCAACUGUUAGAACAACAACAAUAUCGACAACUCAAAUGGAGUUAUCAUCUACAGCUGUGACAAGGACACAACCAUUAGCAACAACCAUCACCGAAACAGAAAUAUCUCCAAUACCUAGCUAA